UUUCCAGGAGAAAAUGAGACUGACUUCAAAGCAGACUUUGAAAUCAUCACUCAGACAAAUUUUGAACAGUUGCGGACAGUGAGUGACAGAUUCAAAUUCAUUGGCCGGAGCUGUAAAGAAAUCCUGGAUAAAUAUGGUGAACGAGAAGAUGGGAUAUACUACCUGACCACUAAUAAUGGGAUGAAGUAUCAGACGUUCUGUGACAUGAACACUGCUGGAGGUGGCUGGACUCUGGUGGCCAGUGUUCAUGAAAACAGCAUUUAUGGAAGAUGUAGUGUGGGGGAUCGAUGGUCGAGUCAGCAGGGAAACAAUCCAAACCUGCCAGAUGGUGAUGGAAACUGGUCCAACAGAAACACCUUUGGUCUAGUAGAGAGCGCCACGUCUGAUGAUUACAAGAAUCCAGGAUAUUAUGAUAUUGUUACACAAGACAUGUCUGUGUGGCACGUUCCCAACAACUUCCCAAUGGAGCACUGGAACCUGGCAGCCAUUCUCCGCUACCACACUGAAAACAACUUCCUUCGUCUUUAUGGGGGAAACCUCUUUAACCUAUUUAAGCAAUUUCCUGUAAGGUACAACAUUGGGUCCUGCUCCAAUAGAGGACCAGCAGUUCCCAUUGUGUACGACCAUGGAGACACAGAGUCCACCAAAAAUUUGUAUGGACCAGGUCCUAGAAAUGAGUUUGAUCCAGGCUUCAUCACUUUCAGAGCAAUAAAUUAUGAAAGAGCAGCCAUGGCGAUCUGCUCUGGGGUCAAACCCAGAGGGUGCCAUUGUGAACAUUAUUGUAUAGGAGGAGGAGGAUAUUUUCACCCCGAACAGUGUGGAGAUUUUCCAUCAUUUGACUGGGACAGACUUGGAAAGGAGCAAGGCUGGAGCGCCUCUAAGGAAAUGACUGAGUCUGCCGUCUUGCUGUUUUACCGCUGAGAAUAUCUAUCCUAUAAGAUGAAUCUAGUCUAAUUUCAUCCCCUUAGACUUAAAGGAAUGUUUUUAGACCCCUCACCAGUAGAUGGCAUUACACUAUUGUGUAUUUCAAUUCUCCAACUGAAAGUUAGGCUUAAACAGGUAGUUAAACUGUUAGCAGUGUAAAACGUGUGCUGAACGCAAAGUAUUUUACACUCAUACAGUAAAUGAAAACAAAUAUAUACAGCUGGAUUCAAAUGUCCUAAAGCAUACUAAGAACAAACCAUGUCAAUCAACAUAGAAGCUUAAGACUGGUUUUAUUCAACAAGAGAGCAACCAUGAUAAGAAUAAAUCAGACAAGUGUAAAUUAGAGGUGGUUAAUGAGUCUCCAUCUACAAGUCUGAUACACGUUUUAUUAAUUCUGAAAAAAAAAAAAAUUAUAUUUAAAAAAUAAUUUCAAAUAAGUAUUUUUAAAGAUAUCUACGUUCAUUUUAAGAAAAUUAGUCAAUGCACUCAACAGCAAGGCAAAUGAAUGUUUGGCAGAAGUUGAAAAUUUUUAUUCUAAAAGAACUGAUCAAAAAAGAGAAAACUUAGAAUAAAUGAAGAAGCAAAUGUAAGAACAGCCGCAAGCAUUAAAAAAAAAACCAAAAAAAAAACCUGA